AUGUAUCCCGACGACGACAAGCCGAAGACAUCGAGAGACGCCCUAGCGGUGGUGGUGAAAUGGAUGAAGUCGCGGUCGCCCCGCGAGAAGACCAUACUGUCCGUGGCGGCCGGGAUCUUGGUGCUGUUUAUCCUCUGGAUUGUGAUUGAGGACCACGACUUCCUGUUCGUCCUGGCCGAAAUCUGCCACUUCAUCGGGAUCGCGCUGCUGGUUUACAAGCUGUUCAACAACAAGACCUGCGUGGGGAUAUCGCUGAGGUCGCAGGAGCUCACUUUUCUGUUCCUGGCGGUCCGAUUGUACUGCAGCUUCAUGAUGGAGUACGACAUCCACACAGUCCUGGACGCCCUGACACUGUUGGCAACAGGCUGGGUCAUAUACACAAUGAUGUUCCAGCUGAAGCACACCUACCAGGUUGAGCUGGACACCCUGAUGACAGCAUACGUGGCGGGGCCUUGCGUGCUGCUUGCCAUCAUCAUUCAUCCCUCGACAACGCACAUUUGGAUCCACAAGGUGCUGUGGGCAUCAUGUGUCUACAUUGAAGCAGUGUCGGUGCUGCCACAGCUGCGACUCAUGCAGAAGAACAAGGUGGUUGAGCGCUUCACAGGGCACUAUGUGUUCUGUUUGGGGCUGUCGCGCUUCUUCAGCUGUGCUCACUGGAUCCUUCAGAUCAUGGAUGGAAACAGUCUUCUGAUGCACAUUUGGGGCUAUGGCCCUUGGCCAGUCCUGGUGCUGCUGUCUGAGGUGGUGCAGACGUUCAUUCUGGCCGAUUUUUGCUACUAUUACGUGAAAUCUUACGCCCAGGGAUCAGGAGUCGUGCGUCUGCCAGAGAACGUGGUUUGA